CUGGACUGUUGAUUCGUGGCACUGUCCAUCAAUAUUCGAUGCGUCGACACAGAUCCACGUGGACAGUGUGAAGCACGGCGACACGUACAUCUAGCUACAGAAGGAGAAAGGGUCGGUCGCAUCUUUACACACACAAGACGUCUGUCUCUCUCAACUACUUUCCAAAAGCAAGCAUUAGCGGCAUCAGCGGUUUGGGCACGUCGUGUGACCCUGCCUACUUCUCCUCCGUCCCUCUCCCCGCGGCUGUGCUGGCCACGACAAGAGAGCCGCACAAGAACAAGGGCAAGUCUCACUCAUUGCCCGCAACCACUUGCCGAAACCGCUCACUUUGUCCAGAAAAGCCACAUCGCACCUAGCUAUGCACACACGCGAAAAACCAGGGCCGCCUCGACGGCCUCGUCUACUCAAGCUACGGCCAGCCGCACAGACACGUAGACAGCCAGAUUAUUGGAAAAUUACGCACGUCCGUGGUGUGCUGUGCUGUGGUGUGCUGUGGUGUGCCGCCUCCCUGGCUCGCUACUCAUGGUCACCCACCAGGAGCCAAAACGAGCGAUGACCUACCUACUCACUAACCAGCCACAUCGACUAAGACCCAGCCCACCCAAAGCAGCCAGAGCAUCCAUUUCUGUAUAUCUGUCCGUCCGUCCUUCCGUCCGUCCGUCCGUCCGUCUGCGUCUGUCUGCCUGUCUGUCUGUCUGUGCGUCUGUCUAAGAUGUGUCGAAUCGGAUGCAGUAGAAGUGGUCGGCCGUCUCGGCCACCCCCACGCGUGUGUUGCCGUCGUCGUACACCGUCGCCACCGCCGUGAAGCUGUCCGGACCCGCCCCGCCCGUCAUGCGGCCGAUGAGCUCGUCGGACGGCUCCUCACACAUGCUGUCGAGCAGCUGGCGGACCGUGUCGUGUGUGGAGGCGCCGUCGAACUCGGCCGCCUCGCUGUCGUCCCAGCCCUCCUCGUCAUCGUCGAGCUCGGCGAACAGCGCAUGGACGCCGAAGGAGGUGAGGGUGUCCUUGGUGAGGUCCUCCAGGGCGGCGAACUCGUCCUUGCCGAUCCGACGCACACUGCAGUCGGCGUCGCCGUAGAACUUGGCCUCCGAGCGGGCGGCGUCCUUGUUGAGGGUCCAGAUCUGCUUGAGGGACUUCUUGACCUUGAUCUUCUUGCAGUACGCCCCGCAGUUGUCGUGCUUGUCGCCCACCGCAGCCUUGAUGGCAGCGAACUCGUCCUUGAGCGAAGCCGGGCUCACCAUGACGAAGGGCAGCAAUCGGCGAGUGUGGCAAAUGGUGGGAAUGCGCCGAUGGACCUGCCGACGAAGGAGCGGACGGGAGGGGUGCAGGAG